AUGACUCAUUUACCUUCGAAAAAUCUUUGGAUUCGGAAGCAACAAUGUCCUUGUGGAGAUUGGAAGUGUUACAUCACAUAUGAAGGUGUUGCCAAGGAGGAUUCUGCAGCACCAGAAUCAGUGAAACCUGAUAAAACAUCGUCUUGUAGAGCUAUCAUUACCCCUUACGUUGGAAUGGUGUUUAAGACUGAUGAUGAAGCUUUUGAAUAUUACGGUAAUUUCGCUAGGAAGAAUGGUUUCUCUAUUAGGAAAGAAAGAUCUAGAAUUAGUCCUCAGUUAGGGGUUUAUAAGCGCGACUUUGUUUGUUAUCGAUCCGGGUUUGCACCGGUGAAGAAGAAGGCGAACGGUGAACAUCAUAGAGAUAGGAAAUCGGUGAGGUGUGGAUGUGAUGCGAAAAUGUAUCUGUCUAAGGAGGUUAUGGAUGGUGUGUCCCAAUGGUUUGUUGUGCAGUUUAGUAAUGUACAUAAUCACGAACUUUUGGAAGAUGAUCAAGUUCGUCUUUUACCAGCGUAUAGGAAGAUUCAUGAGGCGGAUCAAGAGCGGAUACUGUUGCUUUCGAAAGCCGGGUUUCCGAUACAUCGGAUAGUGAAAAUGCUUGAGCUGGAAAAAGGGAUUCAAGGUGGGCAUUUGCCUUUCUUGGAAAGGGAUGUGAGGAAUUUUGUCCAAAACCGCAAGAAGGUUGUUCAAGAGAACGAGGCGUUGCUAAGUGAGAAAAGAGAAAAUGAUGUUUUGGAGCUUCUUGAGGUGUUUAAAGCUGUGAAAGAAGCUGAUGUUGAGUUUGUUUAUGAUUUUACGGUUGACAAGAAUGAGAAAGUUGAAAAUAUAGCUUGGUCGUAUGGUGAUUCUGUUAAUGCAAAUGCUUUGUUUGGGGAUGCGAUUUAUUUUGACAUUUCGUAUCGAUCCGUUGCUUACGGAUUACUUUUUGGAGCGUGGUUUGGUAUUGAUAAUUGCGGUAGAACAAUUUUGUUUGGUUGUGUUUUUCUCCAAGACGAAACACCCCAAUCCUUCUCAUGGGCGUUACAGACUUUUCUUCGGUUCAUGAGAGGAAGAUGUCCACAAACAAUUAUAUCUGAUCUUGACCCUAGUCUUACAGAUGCAAUUAGAAGCGAAUUUCAAGGAAUUAAAUAUGUCAUUCCACUUUGGAAUAUUUUGAACAAGGUACAUAGUUGGUUUUCUCUUCCUCUUGGAUCUCGUAUUGUAGAAUUUGAAUCAGAGUUCAAUGCCUUAUUUCAAAUUGAGAAUACAGAAGAAUUUGAACUUCAAUGGAGCCAAAUGAUUUCUAUGUUUGGACUUGGUUCAGAUAAACAUAUUGAUUUACUGUAUUCGGUUCGAGCUUCCUGGGCACAAUCAUAUGUAAGAGGUUAUUUUUUGGCUCAAAUGGUGACAACAGCUUAUUCCAAGUCUAUAGACGCGUUUUUUGAAAGGAUUUUCGCCGAACAUACAUGUUUGCGUAGCUUUUUUGAACAGGUUGGUAUUUCUGCAAAUUUUUGUCAUCAAUCACAUGGCGAGACUCAAUAUACAAAUCUUAGAACCUACAUACCAAUCGAAGAGCAUGCGCGGAGCAUCCUCACACCUUAUGCUUUCAAUUUUUUGCAACAAGAGUUAUCGUUGGCAAUGCAAUACUCCACAUCUGAAAUGGCCAAUGGAUCAUAUGCUGUACAACACUUCAAAAGGUUGGAUGGAGAUCGGUUUGUCAUAUGGUUAGCGGAAGAAGAGCAGAUACACUGCUCUUGCAAAGAGUUUGAAUCGUCAGGAAUAUUAUGCAGACAUGCCCUUCAUGUACUUAUAAUAAAAAGUUACUUUCAACUUCCUGACAAAUACUAUUUAAGUAGAUGGCGUCGGGAAUGUUCUUUACUUGUCGAGGAUGAGCAUAACACCAACCAAAGUAUUAUUGGUAGGGAAUGGUUUCAAGAAUAUCAAUCUUUAGUUGAAACUUUGUUGUCGGAAUCAUCUGUUACAAAGGAGCGAUCUGACUAUGUUCGCAAAGAACUGACAAAACAACUCAAUAGGAUUCUAAACGAGGUUAGAAAUCUGCCCGAGACUGACGAUGUUUGCAACAUGAACGUGUCGGUUUCGCCAAAUAGCUAA